CAUCAGAUUGAACAAGAUUCAAUUUACUGAAGGUAUGUUUUGGUCAAUAUUUGGAUUAAUUACCGGUAUCAAGUUGCUGUUUUUACCAGCGUACCGGUCGACCGAUUUUGAGGUACAUCGAAAUUGGCUGGCAAUUACACAUUCAUUACCAAUAUCAAAAUGGUACGUCGAGGCAACAAGCGAAUGGACAUUGGAUUAUCCUCCAAUAUUUGCAUAUUUCGAGUACGCGUUGUCAAAUUUUGCCAAAUACUUCGAUGAAAACAUGCUGAAAGUGAAUAAUCUCAACUAUGAAUCUAAUGAAACAAUAGUAUUUCAACGUCUUUCGGUUAUCAUCACCGAUAUUGUCUAUGCUAUUGGAGCGAAAAGAUGUAUCACUCAAAUGUCUCCUAUCGCAUCCAAACAACGUAUUUUGAGCGCUGUUUUACUGGGAAAUUUCGGCCUGUUAAUCAUUGAUCACAUUCAUUUUCAGUACAAUGGAAUUCUCUUCGGAAUUUUAUUGCUAAGCAUAGCCUAUAUGUGCGAAGAAAAGUUUUUGAAGUCGGCAUUUUGUUUUGCCGUUCUAUUGAAUAUGAAGCACAUCUUUGUAUACGUAAGCCCGGUAUACAUUGUGUAUUUGUUGAAAGUUUAUUGCUGGCAUAGUUCAUCGCUCCAAAGAGCAAUGCUGAAUUUGACAAAAUUGGGAAUGAUUACAAUUGGGGUAACUGUGGUGUCGUUUGGACCAUUCAUACAUCAAAUGCCGCAGGUUUUGUCACGUUUAUUUCCAUUCAAAAGGGGACUAUGUCAUGCCUAUUGGGCACCGAACUUGUGGGCAAUUUAUAAUGUUGCCGACAAAGUGGCAUCGAUUAGCUUGGGUAGUGUUUCAAAUUCCUCAAACACAGGCGGAUUGGUUCAAGAAUACAGUCACCAAGUUUUGCCUGUAAUUCAACCACAUAUGACAUUCAUGGUCACCAUGUUGGCUAUGAUUCCGUGCAUCAUGAAAAUUGCAUUCGGAGCCUAUGAUAGGUCAACAAACAAAUUUGACUUUGUUCGUGGCAUUGUGAUUUGUGGAUGCACAUCGUUCUUAUUCGGUUGGCAUGUUCAUGAGAAGGCAAUUUUAAUGACAGUCAUUCCCCUAAGUAUUCUCAUGACAAUCAACCAAAGCGAAUACAAGCAUAUGGGGUUCUUAUCAAUUGUGUCGUAUUUCUCAUUAUUUCCACUGCUUUUUAAAUCGAAUUUAGUUGUGAUUAAAAUUAGUUUGCUCAUGACACAUAUACUUAUCAUUUCAAACGGUCGAGGAAGUAUAUGGCCAUCAGAAUGUCACAAGCGUAUUUUUCCAAUUCAUGAACUACUCUAUAUCAUUGGCUUGAUUGGAUUACUUUUUUACGAACUUUGCUUACAAUAUUUACUAAAAUUAGACAGAAGACUGCCAUUUUUACCACUGUUACUAACAAGUGUUUAUUGUAGCAUGGGAAUUAUUUAUUUCUGGUUGAAAUACUAUGUCAUGUUUUUAUUUAGUGCUAACACUAGCAAUAAAAAUACUAGAAAAGAUAAGAAACUUAAUUAAGGAAAAGUGUUAUUUAUCAGAAUCUUUAUUGAAUGAACAAAAUUUUUUUAGAUACAUGCAAAAUUGCAAUUGAUUCUAUAUGUUUAAUUGUCUGAACAUUUGAAUAAAUCGAUCGACGUACGACGUGGAAAUCCCUGUUCAGGUUGAAUCUUUUGGUUAUUAUACAGCCAGUAUAAAUCUCCCUUAAAGAAAUAAGUUUUGCCAUCGGUCAUUGAAAUGGCUGAAUCAAUGUUAUUAGGAAUGCCAUGCCAUUUCUCGCCCAAAUUUUUUGGAUAAUCCACGUCUUUUUCACGGCGUUCUUCAUUGUAUCGAAUAAAUGUGUUUCCACUAAACAAA